AUGUCGUCCGCCGCAGCUGCUGAGAAGACCCCCGAUGACUCGUCCAAGCUGAAGACAUUUCUGUCCAUCCUGCGCAAGUUCGUGGGUGUGACAGAUAUCGCUUCGGUUCGUUUCUCCCUGCCGGCUCAGUUACUGGAGCCGCGACCGAAUCUGGAAUACUGGAACUAUUUGGAUCGGCCGGAAACCUUUGCGAGCAUCGGAAAAUCGGACGAUGAACUCGGUCGCAUGCUGGAAGUGUUGAGGUUCUGGUUCACCAAGGACCUGAAAUACAUUAAGGGGAAGCCAUGCAAGCCAUACAACUCGACAUUGGGUGAAUUCUUCCGAUGCAGCUGGGAAGUGCAGGACAACGUUCCGGAGGAAGUGAAUCUGCCCGGUGUCAACGCAAACGGCAAUAGCACUACCGUCGACGAUGGAAAUCAAAAGGUCAAGGUUUGUUACCUGACAGAGCAGACCUCUCAUCACCCGCCGGUCUCGGCCUUCUACAUUGACUGUCCCGAACGGGGAGUCUCAGCCCGAGGCUUUGAUCAGAUCAGUGCCAAAUUUACUGGCACCAGCAUUCGCGUGAGCCCCGGCCAACACAACCUGGGAAUCUUCGUCAGUAUCGACAAAAGAGACAAUGAGGAGUAUCAGUUGACUCACCCUGAUGCACAUCUCGGCGGCUUGCUACGCGGUGCGCUAUCGAUUUCGGUGGCCGACAAUUGCUACGUCACUUGUCCGAAGACUCGUAUGAAGGCAAUUCUGCAGUACGUGGAGGAAGGAUGGAUUGGCCGGACCCAAAACAAGCUGGAGGGUGUCAUCUUCCGCUACGAUCCCGACAAAGAUAACAUCAAUCGUCUGAAAGACGUGGCAGACGGUGACAUUGUUGCUCGCAUCAGCGGAUCCUGGCAUGGCAAGAUCUACUACACCCCUGCGGGAUCCAAGGAUGCCAUUCUUCUUAUUGACAUCACGCCUCUCUUUCCCGCGACCAAGAUCUUACCCCCUGAUGAGCAGCAGCUGUCCAACGAGUCGCUGAAGUUCUGGUCGGAGGUCACGAAUUCCAUCAUGAACAAACAAUUCACUCAGGCCACGAAAAUCAAGCAGGACAUUGAGGAGAGACAGCGACAGCGGGCGGCCGACCGGAAGGAGAAAGAGAUGGAAUGGAAGCCGCGUUUCUUUACUGGGGCCGUAACGCCGCUCGGGAAACCCGAGUUGACCGAGGAGGGCCAGAAGGUGUUGCAGGGGAUCCGGGCAGGCGAAUACACCCUGGAUGAAAGCGAAAUGCAGGGCGCAUAG